GAUCAAAAUCCAAUGGGAACAGGGUCUGAUCCCGAAUUCUUGUUCAACAACUCCUUAUUCGGUUCGUUUGAUGAUCCGCUGUUCCAAGCACGAGCAGCCCAGGUCGCUUUGGCAGAUAUGGACGUCAAGGUGAACAUCACCAAUCCACUAAUGCGACCACACGAUAUGUUUAGUAAUUACCUAAUGACAUCGACGAACGAUCCAACGAACAUCUAUCACGGAUUGCCUGCCGCAUCUGAAGGUUUUGACCCAUCUGUUCUCGUGCCCACCUCAUCGGAACAAGAACAAAUGACCCCUUUGCAGCAGGUAAUGGCUAUGCAAAACUACGGUGCCUCCUCACAUUUCCCUCAAUAUCCCAUGGCAUCAACAUUCCCAUCAACGAUUCCUCCUCAAGUCACCAGAUACCCGUUAGCUGCACCGGCUACAGAAAUCGAUACCGAUCCACGGGAAUUGGAACGAUUUGCUGAGCAUUUUAAACAACGACGUAUAAAACUCGGAGUUACCCAGGCUGAUGUUGGUAAAGCUCUAGCGCAUCUGAAAAUGCCAGGAGUUGGAUCGCUCUCGCAGUCGACAAUUUGUCGCUUCGAAUCCCUAACCCUUUCCCAUAACAAUAUGGUCGCUCUGAAACCUAUUCUUCACAGUUGGUUGGAAAAGGCCGAAGAAGCCGUAAAGCAAAAAGAUGGCUGCGGAGACAUCUCAGGAAUUCUUCCGAAUACCGACAAGAAGCGAAAGCGGACCAGCAUCGCAGCACCUGAAAAACGACUCCUUGAGGACUAUUUUAGACAACAACCGCGACCGUCUGGUGAGCGAAUCGCUGCUAUUGCCGAUAAGCUGGACCUCAAAAAGAACGUCGUUCGGGUGUGGUUCUGUAACCAGCGACAAAAGCAAAAGAGGUAG